CGGCCCCUCUCCACUCUCCUUGUUGUCUCGUUUGUCGCUCGCGCUGAGUUGGUUACUUCUCGUACAGCCCUCCAAAGGCACUAUCGAUAGGCUUUUUUUUGCUAGCAUCGUAAUCACAUCCACACAGGAACAAGACAUUGUCCAACAUGUCGGUCUCAGCGGCUUUGAAGAGUCGAGUCCGGAGGCCGAGUUACCUCAAGAAGCUUGCCAAAGCUGAGGAUUUACUGCACCACUUUCCCAAUGGAGCGUAUGUUGGUUGGAGUGGCUUCACCGGCGUGGGAUACCCAAAAAAGAUCCCCACUGCCAUGGCAGACCAUGUCGAGAAGAACAAUCUUCAGGGCCAGAUGAAGUACAAUCUCUUUGUCGGUGCAUCCUCAGGUGCUGAAACCGAGAACCGAUGGGCGCGGCUGAACAUGAUUGAGCGGCGGUCUCCGCAUCAGGUAGGCAAGGAGAUUGCCAAAGGUAUCAACAACGGCAACAUCAAGUUCUUCGACAAGCAUCUGAGUAUGUUCCCGGUCGACUUGAUGUACGGCUACUAUACACUCAACAAGCCUCAGAACAAGCUGGAUGUGACGAUUGUAGAAGCUUCUGCGAUUACAGAGGAUGGUGGCAUCAUCCCUGGAGCUAGUGUUGGUGCCUCGCCCGAGCUGGUUCAAAUGGCGGACAAGAUUAUCAUUGAAGUCAACACUGCUGCCCCGUCGUUUGAGGGUCUACACGACAUUACCAUGACUGACCUCCCGCCCAACCGCAAGCCGUACCUCAUCAUGAGGCCGGAGGACCGCAUCGGCACACCUCACAUUCCUGUUGACCCCGAAAAGGUUGUUGCCAUUGUGGAAAGCGACUAUCCCGAUCAGACACAGCCCAACGCGGCCGAGGAUGAAACGUCUCGGGCGAUUGCUGGCAACCUGAUUGAGUUUUUGCAGCACGAGGUCAGCCACGGGCGUCUGCCGCAGAACCUGUUGCCAAUCCAGUCUGGUAUUGGAAACAUUGCCAAUGCUGUUGUUGGUGGACUUGCUUCUGGCGGCGCAAACUUCAAGAACCUCAAGGUAUGGACCGAGGUUCUGCAGGACUCGUUCCUGGAUCUCUUUGACUCUGGCAACCUCGACUUUGCAACGGCUACUUCUAUCCGUUUCUCGCCGGAUGGUUUCGACCGCUUCUACAAGGGCUGGGACCAGUAUGCACACAAGCUCCUGCUGCGCUCGCAGCAAGUAUCCAACAGCCCUGAGAUUAUCCGACGACUGGGUGUGAUUGGUAUGAACACUCCGGUCGAGGUUGACAUUUAUGCGCACGCCAACUCUACGUGUGUCAUGGGCAGCCGUAUGCUCAACGGGCUUGGAGGAUCUGCCGACUUCCUCCGCUCAGCCAAGUACUCGAUCAUGCAUACGCCGUCGACGCGGCCCUCGAAGACGGACCCGACUGGUGUUUCAUGCAUUGUGCCCAUGUGCACACAUGUUGACCAGACGGAGCACGAUCUCGACGUGAUUGUCACAGAGCAGGGCCUUGCCGAUGUUCGCGGGCUUUCGCCCAAGGAGCGCGCGCGGGUGAUUAUCAAGAAGUGCGCUCACCCCGACUACCAGCCGAUCCUGGAGGACUACUUCAACAAGGCCGAGUUUGAGUGCCUGAGGAAGGGCUGGGGCCACGAGCCACAUCUGCUGUGGAACAGCUUCGACAUGCACCGGCACCUGAACGAGCACGGGACGAUGAAGCUACCCAAGUGGGACUAUAGCAAGAGUAUUUGAUUAGAGGGAGAGGAGCAUGGUAGAUGUUAUGGCAUAGUCAUGGUAGAUGUCGUGUAGAUGUGCAGUAACGGACAUGGCCGAUGUAUAGGGCAAAUGUACAGGGGAAUGGACAUGAAUUGGAUCGCCCAAUGUGUAGUGCAGCGCGACGGUACGCGGUGAGAGGACAGCACCUGAUUUAGGAGCACGUCAGGCCUGCAGUCGAAAAUUCUGCUUAGACCAGCCGUUCGGGUGCAAAAGUGUUGGGGGGGCAUGGGGGCGCCUUUGCCGCCGACUACUUAUUGGGGCGUGUUGGCGUGACAGGCCGCCCAC